CACACACACACACACACACACACAGAGCAGGGUGCCAGGUUUGACAGCAGACAGCGCAGGCUCGGGUGGUGAACACAAACACACACACACACCUGUAACGAAGAUGCUGCUCAGGCUCAUGCUCCUCUGCCUCCUCGUCUCUCCAGUGCUGUCGUUGGACUGCUACGUGUGCAGCUCUUCUGCCACCAAUGAAGAAUGCAACAAGAACACUCAGGAGUGCCGGGCGCCGCUGGACACCUGCAUGACUGCCGUCGACAUUUUAGGCUCUACGAAAGCCAUAGUGAAGCAGUGUGCCAGCUGGGCCACAUGCAGUGGAGCUGCCUCGUCUGCCUCAGUCGACUCGAACGGAAACGGAAACACAGUCAACUGCUGCAACAGUUUCAACUUGUGUAACUUCAGUGGAGCCGAGUCCACUCACACACACACAGCACUGCUGCUUUUGACUGCAGGUGUGUUAUUCCUGCUGUCACACUGAGCUCAGUGGGAAAAACAAUGCAGUGAAAAGCAGAGUUACCCUGCUGCUCUGCUCAGAAAUGUGUUGGGAUGAAUAAUAUAUAAAAUGAUGUAUCAUAAUUUAUCAUGUAAAGACUGUUAAGCUCUGUAAUUCAGUUGAAGAUUGUGCUUUAAAUGUGGCUGCUGUAUGUGAAUGCUAAUGUAGUCAUAGCCACUGAACACAGGUUUUUAAGCAUUGUUGGAGCACUUAUAUUUGCUUUAAAAUCUCAUGUGAAUACUACCUUUAACUCUCAAAUUAAUUGUGGACUGUGCUUGUUUAUUCCAAUGCAUGAGCCAUCUCCAGUCUGAAACCACUUCAGAGGGUCAUAGCAUAUACAGAGGCAUGACAUGGCUCUACAUUUGUCCAUUUGCUGAAUUUUGGUUCUGUUAAUUAAACCCUACACAGACACAAACACGGGACAAUCAAAAUCACUCAAGUGUCACUUUUGGCUUAAAGCCUUCAAAUAAUUUAUUUUCCAGAUGCAACGCCGUGACUUUGAAACCGGGAAAAUCUAAAUCAAACUUAAAAGAUGCUAGAGAUAAAAAAAAACCCUGAAAUGCAUUGCUUCCAAAUAAAUCUCUCUCACGGAGAAGGAUGUAGACAGUGUGAUUUCCAUUUCAUCGUUAUUUUAUUUCAUUGUUUUUUUCCCUCCUAUUUGACAAGAUGGCUGAUUUAGCCCAGAAGACAAAAUAAAAACCAGUGUUUAC